CAAAAUGAUAACAAUUUAAUUAAUAAAUAAACAGUCGAAAAAUCCAAGGGGUGUUAGUGUUAGGGUUUUGGGCUGCUUCUCAUAUAAAAGGCUCAGCAAAGGCCGCCUAUCGUUCAACAGCUCCAGCCUUUGUUUCCUGCAUCUCCCUCUUCAGGUGCUUGGUGAUUUGGUAGUAUUUCUCGAGUACUUAGAAGACUCAGCAAAUAUGCAGAAUGAGGAGGGGCAAAACAUGGAUCUCUAUAUCCCGAGGAAGUGCUCGGCCACUAACAGGUUGAUCACUUCCAAGGAUCACGCCUCUGUCCAGAUCAACAUUGGUCAUGUGGAUGAGAGCGGCAGAUACACUGGUCAAUUCUCAACUUUUGCUCUUUGUGGAUUCAUUCGUGCCCAGGGUGAUGCGGACAGUGCACUUGAUAGGUUGUGGCAGAAAAAGAAAGUUGAAGCCCAACAGCAGUAGAAGGGCUUUUCUCCUCAACGCAUAGUCGAAGUUGUUUCUUGAAGUUUUACCUAUAACAUUUUAAGAUGUGCAGUUGAAGUUUCACAACACAUCUAUCUACAUGUUUGCUUAAGUUAGUAUUAGUAGAUUACGAGGUUCCUGUAAUGUUGUACCUUCUGUUCAUUUGAUCUUGAAAUUCAAUUUUGGUUCUUCUCUA